AUGCUGCGAAGCCGAGCGCUGUGGGCAACCGCCGCGCUGCUGCUGUGCCUGGUCGCAGUUGACGCUGCCGACUUUGGAGGCAAGAAUGUUGUGAAGCUCACGCGCAAGAAUAUGAAGGAAGUGACCGCCGAUGGCAGGCUGUGGUUCAUCAAGUUCUACGCUCCCUGGUGUGGGCACUGCAAGAGGUUGGCCCCGACGUGGAAGGAGCUGGGGGACGAAUACGAGGGCAGCAAACAGGUCGCCAUCGCCCACAUUGACUGCACGGCGGAGAAGGCCAUAUGCAAAGCAGCGGACGUGAAGGGCUACCCCACUCUGAAGUUGUACUAUGAAGGCAAGAUUUACAAACCAUACAAAGGUGGGAGGGACAAGGCCAGCCUCAAGCAAUUUCUGGAUGGCUCAGCUGCUGACAUGAUGACAGAGACUGUCUCAUAG